AUGUUUUGGGUGAUUUUUUCGUCAAUACUCGUUUCUGGCUCCGAAGAUUUCCGUACCAUAACGGACCAAAGUUCAACACAGAUUCAUCGGGGUCGUAGGGCCGUGAGCAGAGGUUUUCUUCGCACAGUUCAACAGACAAAAAUCCAAGGCAACCCUCCUGCGGUAUCCGGUGAGGCAGCAGGGUCGACUCCAACUCAGCGCAAACUAGCCGCGUUAGGUCUAUUCAUCGUCUCAGGUUGUCAACCUAUCUCAAAUAAGCUACCUCGUUUGUGUGAUUCAAGGCUUCCUUUCUCAGCUAUCCUGCUCUUCAGCUAA